UGCGUCGUCCGUACGUUGCCCAAAUACUGGUGUCGUAACAUAAAAGUUUAAUGAAAAUUAUCAGUAGUCAUCGUAAGGAUCUAUUUGAAGCAUAGUCGUAAGCUCGAGGAAGCUUUUAUAGUGAUAAUGAAGGGUUUAUUGUCGAUCAUUUUUCUGAGUCUCAUCUACAUCUCAGUUAUGGCAUUGCCACAGAUGUCUGAUAUUCAGUUAGAGAAAAUUUUAACUGACCGAGGAACUAUGCAGCGGCACAUUAAAUGUGCUCUAGGAGAGGGGCCAUGUGACCCCGUGGGUAUAAGACUCAGAACGUUGGCCCCUCUAGUGUUGCGCGGCUCAUGUCGUCAAUGUUCUUUGCAAGAGACGCGUCAGAUUCGACGUACACUUGCCUACGUCCAGAGAAACUAUCCGUGGGAAUGGGCAAAAAUUUUAACAUACAUUCUGGUAUUGUGUGCUAUGGUGGCAGUGUGUGCUACACAGAGCCAAAGGCCACAAGUAUCAGACACAGCUUUGGAGGACGCCCUUAAUGAUAAGCGAUUCAUUCAGAGACAACUCAAAUGUGCUCUCGGAGAGGCACCGUGUGAUCCAAUUGGAAAACGAUUGAAAACUCUCGCGCCAUUAGUUCUAAGAGGAGCCUGUCCACAAUGCUCACCACAAGAAACUAAACAAAUUCAACGUACUCUCUCCUACGUGCAAAGAAAUUUUCCACAACAAUGGGCGAAGAUAGUACGUCAGUAUUCCGGUUAAACAUUAAUUUUAACGUGAAGGCUAUAUAACUCAAAGAAAUAAAUGAAAAUAAGUAAAACG